AGCUCCAGCUCUUUCUCCAGAGGUACCUGCUGGGAUGGAGGAGGCUGGCCAGAGCAGGGAAGAGAUUUCUGUUCAGACACCUUCCAGCUGUCCAAAUAGAGUGGGAAGAAAAUGUUCUCUUUCCGGAACAGCUGGACUGACAGGCCGGGAAGGCCAGGUGGCCCGAGGCAGCCGAGAUGACAGCUCUCCCCAGGAAUCCUGCUACCCGCUGAGAAACAUGAUCAGCAAAUCCCGCUUGAAGCUCUUGGCCAUGUUGACUCUGGUCCUGCUCGUCAUGGUGUGGUAUUCCAUCUCCCGAGAAGACAGGUACAUUGAGCUUUUUUAUUUUCCCAGCCCAGAGAAGAAGGAGCCGUGCCUCCAGGGUGAGGCAGAGAGGAAGGCCUUUAAGCUCUUCGGCAACUACUCCCGAGAUCAGCCCAUCUUCCUGCAGCUGAAGGAUUAUUUCUGGGUCAAGACACCGUCUGCUUACGAGCUGCCCUACGGGACCAAAGGGAGUGAAGACCUGCUCCUCCGUGUUCUAGCAAUCACCAGCUACUCCAUUCCAGAGAGCAUCCAGAGCCUCAAAUGUCGCCGCUGCGUGGUGGUGGGGAACGGGCACCGACUUCGCAACAGCUCGCUGGGGGAGGCCAUCAACAAGUACGACGUGGUCAUCAGAUUGAACAAUGCCCCAGUGGCUGGCUACGAGGGCGACGUGGGCUCCAAGACCACCAUGCGUCUCUUCUACCCUGAAUCUGCCCACUUCAACCCCAAAGAGGAGAACAGCCCAGACACACUCCUUGUUCUGGUAGCUUUCAAGGCAAUGGACUUCCACUGGAUUGAGACCAUCCUGAGUGACAAGAAGAGGGUGCGAAAGGGCUUCUGGAAGCAGCCUCCCCUCAUCUGGGACGUCAACCCUAAACAGGUGCGGAUUCUCAACCCCUUCUUCAUGGAGAUUGCAGCCGACAAACUGCUGAACCUGCCCAUGCAGCAGCCUCGCAAGAUUAAGCAGAAGCCCACCACAGGCCUGCUGGCCAUCACCCUGGCACUCCACUUCUGUGACCUGGUGCACAUCGCUGGCUUUGGCUACCCAGAUGCCCACAACAGGAAGCAGACCAUCCACUACUAUGAACAGAUCACGCUCAAAUCCAUGGCGGGGUCAGGCCACAACGUCUCCCAGGAGGCCCUGGCCAUCAAGCGGAUGCUGGAGAUUGGAGCAGUCAAGAACCUCACCUUCUUCUGACUUGGGCAGGAUCUCUACCCAUCCGUCUGCCUGCUCUGCCACCUGAGCGACCCCAUCCGUGGCUGUGGGCGUGCCCGAUGCCAGCAUGACCUGCCUGGACUCACCCUCCCCUGUGUGGAGAGGGGUCCUGGUACUGGCCAGGUCUGAGAUGAGGCUGUGUCCCCGGCUGCUCUAGUGAAGGCCCGACCCAGUAAGGCCUCCUGGCGGGAGGCCGUCCGAGGCAUGGGCUCUGUUGCUGUGCCAUCCCUUCUCCACCAGCACCGGGAGGUUAUUUAAUGGGCUAUUUAAUUAAAAGGAAGAAUGUGCCAUGGGCUGGUCCCACGGCCUUCGGAAGAGAGGGCAUAGUACAGUGUUCUGCCCACUUUUUAUAAAAAACACGAAAGUGCUGGGCCCACCAAAGCCUAGACCCAGAGCAGGCCUCCCAAUGGGGCCGGGAUGUCUGGAGUGGGUGGGUGCCCUCCAGAGAGGGGCUGCUGCCUCCCAGCAGGCAUGGGAAGAGCACUGGUAUGGGGGUUCCACAGAGAAUGGGACCUAUCUAGAAAAGAGGUUUGAAACCUAUCAUUAAACUAUUUUUCCUAAAAUGGAA